GCAGAAUCUGUGGAGCGGCCUGGAGACUGACUCCUCUCCCAACCCCCUCUCCAUCUCUGCCGCAAGCCCCUGCACCCAGAAGUCACUCCAUCUUUUGGGCUCAUAACCUCUUCCAGCCUGAUGUCUUGCUCCAAGUUAUGGGCCAGCGGAGCCCCAGCCUCCCUGGUGCCCAUCAAGGAAUUGGAGAACCCAAAGUUCAUUGGCCAAGGCGGGUUUGGCACCGUGUUCCAGGCGCAACACCGUUCUUGGGGUCACGAUGUGGCGGUCAAGAUCGUGAACCGGGAAGCUAUAUCCAGGGAGGUGAAGGCCAUGGCAAAUCUGCGUAACCCGUACAUCCUGCUCCUGCUGGGGGUCACUGAGAAGCUGGAGUGGGACUACGUGUCCGGGCCAGCUCUGGUGACUGCAUUCAUGGAGAACGGUUCCCUGGCCGGGCUGCUGCAGCCCCAGUGCCCUCGGCCCUGGCCGCUCUGCUGCCGCCUGCUGCUGGAGUUGGUGCUUGGGAUGUGUUACCUGCACAGCCAGAACCCUGUCCUUCUGCACCGAGACCUCAAGCCUUCCAACGUCCUGCUGGACUCAGAGCUGCACAUCCAGCUGGCAGAUUUUGGCCUCUCCACAUUUCAGGGAGGCUCACGGUCAGGGUCAUGGUCUGGGGAGCCAGGGGGCACCCUAGCCUACUUGGCCCCAGAACUCCUGGCUGAUGUAAACCAGAAGGCCUCCAAGGCCAGUGAUGUCUACAGCUUCGGGAUUCUAAUGUGGGCACUGCUAGCUGGAAGAGAAGCUGAGACGGUGACCCAGACAUCAGUGGUGCAGGAAGCAGUAUGCGAGAGGCAGAACCGGCCCCCCUUGACCGAGCUGCCCCUACCUGGCCCUGAGACUGCUGGCUUGGAAGAACUGAAGGAGUUAAUGCAGCAGUGCUGGAGCCAGGAACCCAAGGACAGGCCCUCCUUCCAAGAAUGCCAACCAAAAACCAAGAACGUUUUUCACUUGGUAAAGGACAAGACAGACGAUGCUGUCUCCAGGGUGAAGAAGUUCAUGUCUAACCACAGGGACAGCAACAGGAUGUUGUCUGCCCCUGAGCCAGGCCCAGGAAGGACAGAAAUGGAUGGCCCUGGGGGAACCACAGGAAGCCAUGAUUCCAUGGUCUCUGAGAUGCUGGGCAACCUGAAUCUGGAGGGGUCCCCCAACUCUGUUCCUGAAAAAUGUACAAACCGUCCUGAGAGGAUCAGGGCACAGGGACGGCAGGUUCAGCGUGACUGGCCAGCAGGGACAUCUGACUCAACAGCCCAACCUCCCCAAACUCCAGAGAACGCACCUUUCAGAAGCCAGAUCCCCACCUCAGCUUGGACCCCAGGUCCUAGGCCCCAAGGGAAUCAGGGGGCUGAGAGACACAGCGCCCACCGGCCUCCCAGAGCACCAGGGACAGAUCCGACACCAGGGCCCCCGUCUAUUACCGUAGUUGACUGCCAAGGGGUACAGAUUGGAAACAACAACUACCUCUAUAUACAAGGAAGAACUACCUUGUCCACGCAGCACCCGGCACUUUGGAGCAUGGGCUGGGGGCUGGCAGCACACCCCCCACGAGUAGGUUCUCAAGAAGGGCCACCGCAAGAACCUCAAGUCUGGAGUGGGCCGCAGGGCCCGUGUAACACUAGCAGGAGUGGAGGCAGCUAACCGAGACUCUCCGAGGGCCAUCUGACUUGCACCUGAACUAACUUUGUGCCCCUAGGAGUCAAUAAAUGGAAUU